AUGCUGAGAAAAGGAAAAGAACAUCUCAACAAAGCGCUGCUGACCUUGACAGAUGGACUUCCUUUCAAUUACUCGCCAGUGAAGGGGCCGUCCAUCUACCUCAUAUCGACCACCACGGGAUGA